AAGAGGAAUUGCAACAGACGUCGAUCGACGUAACUUCUUCCUACCACGGUCAAUGCCAACGAAAAUGGCACCCAUCCCGAUCGACAGCACCGCAUACACAGAACCAGAGGAGGAACCAUCUUCCACAGAGGAUGAAGCCAAGGAAAGAGACGCCUCCCUCCAUGAUGAUUCCGAUGGCUCCUCCAGUGUCUUUUCGGAAAGUCGCCACAUGGAAGGCCCAAGAGCGAGUCCCUCAUUGUCCCGAACACAAUCUAGGACACUUCAGCGCGCUUAGACUACUGCUUCGACGGUGCUAUCGACUAUACGAUCUCGAGCUCCGAGAGGGCCGUUUGCGCAUCCGUUGAUUCACGAGAAGACAUCACCCGACGUCCUCGUCGAUUUCGAUGGCCCGGACGAUCCAUACAGACCGAUGAACUGGAGCUGCAAGAAGAAGUGCAUAUGCACCAGGCUGUACGGCUUUACUGCAAUGUUCGGCACCUUUGCAUCUGCUGUGUAUUCUCCUGCAGUCUACGAGGUUGCGCGAGAGUUCAAUGUUGGCACCCAGGUCUCCCUUCUGGGGAUAUCUCUGUUCCUGAUUGGCUUUGGAAUUGGACCGCUUGUGUGGGCGCCAUUGAGUGAGGUUUAUGGUCGGAAGAUUGCCGUUCUGACGCCUUCCUUUCAUCGCCGCAAUGUUCGCAUUUGGAGCCGGAGCUGCCAAGGAUAUCCAAACUCUGAUGAUAUGUCGCUUCUGGCAGGGCAUAUUCGACAGCGCUCCUGUGACGAAUACUUGAGGAGUGCUGGGUGACAUCUGGACUGCCGAUGUGCGUGGUGUGGCGUUAAUCGUCUACGCAACGGCGGUUGUGGGAGGACCGACACUGGGGUCCUAUCAUCGGUGGCGCCAUCAUUGUGACAGGUACCGGAUGGCGGUGGACUCAAUACCUGACGGGUAUCGGGAUCAUGUUCAUGGUGGUAUUGGAUGUUCUCUUGGUCGACGAGAGCUAUGCUCCGGUUCUGCUCGUAAGGAAGGCUCGUGCCAUGAGAUAUGAGUCGGAAAAUUGGGCGUUGCAUGCACUACACGAGGAGUGGACCGUCACACUUUCGGAGCUGGGCUACAACUAGCUCGUCCGGC